UUUCAUUUAAAACAAAAUAUAUUCGGAAAAGUUUCCGAAAAUCUGUCUGUGAAAAUUCUUUAAUUAUUAACAAAUUUAAUAUGGUCAUACCGGGAAAUGCCCUACUAAAAGCCCUUCGUCAGUUGAAAGUUCCAUCAACUGCCGAAGAAGUAGCUGGACAAAUAGCAAAGAAGUCGAAGAAAAAGUACCAGCUGCUUCUUCAGGAAGUAACGGAGAGCUUAGAAACUGGAGCACGCCUCCGUUACUUUAAUUCAAACAAUGGGUUUUAUUACACUUCUGGAACAAAGAAAAAUCGUCGUAAAGAUGUUCUGAAGAAAUCUGAAAACGAUUUUUGUCAAUGUCCGUCACAAGAGUCUGUCACUAACGAACCUCCGAUUAAUCAUGUACACCAUCUUACAGGUUUAAAAAUUUCCAUCGAAGCAAAUUCGGUUGUAAAUAAUAAAAAAAAUAAUUGUUCAGUAGACAAAGAUAACGAGAAUGCGACUACAGGCAAACGAAAGAGACGUAAACCAUUGCAUGAUUCAGGAAUUGCACCUAAAAGGAAGAAAUUGACGUUAAAAGAAAAAAAGCAAAUUAAUAGUGUUGGUCUUGAUGCUGAUCCUUUCAAACAUGGGUCACUUAAUGGAUUAUGUGAGAAGCAUUCUACAACGAAAAUCCUGGUCGAGGAUUUAAGACUCAAAGUUCACGCAAUUGCAAGAGAGUUGGGGAUGAUUAAAAAAAAUGAGUUAAUGAGUAAAUCGUAUGACAAAGGAAAAUGUGAAAUGAAUGAAGAACUUCUUGAGAACAACAUAAUGAAAGUACUUAAAACUUUUGUACUGUCUCAGAAUGAACCGGCUUUCAGAGCAAACACUGUUCUGAUAGAUAACAUCAAAAAAAUUCUACAUAGCAUAAUUGAUGAGUAUAUGAUGGAAUCUGUUUUCAAUGAUGGGCCAGAUGCUGUGGACAAAUCUGCCGCUACAUUAAAUAACUCCAAAAUGUUUCGGCCAUAUAUAAACUAAAUUGUAUUAAAUAAAUGAAUAAUUUUUGUAUUUAU